AUGGCCGGAGCGUGGCUGGAAAGUGAGUCGCAUCUUCCGAGACCACCAAGUCCAACCCUGAUCCGUCUCGGUGGCUCGGAGCAGGCAACCCCAGGGACGGGACAACGGGGCUCUCCUAGAGCAUCAGCGGGAGAAAGGAGCUCUCCUGAUUCCUCUGAAGCCUCGGACGACAGAGAUGUGGAUUGUGUAGUGUGUUGCAACAGGUACGGCCCUUACAGGCCGCCAAAGCUGUUAGCCUGCCAGCAUGCUUUCUGUGCCGUCUGCCUGAAACUCCUUCUGAGGGUCAAGGAGAGCGCUUGGGUAAUCACCUGCCCCCUCUGCAGAGAAAACACGGCCGUCCCCGGGGGGCUGAUAGGCGGCCUUCGGGACCAUGAAGAGGAGAGGCGGCAGAUGGAGAAGCCUCGAAAAGAGGUCCGCCUGGCCCCUCAGAGCCUGGAGGGCUUCCCUGGCUCGCAGGCCCGGGGAUUUGGGGUGGAGGAAAACCAAGACUCUGCCAGUGCCAACAGAGUGGCCGCCCGGAGCCUGAUGGUGCACCUCCUACUGCUCGGCCUCCUGAUCGUCCUCAUCCUCCCGUUCGUCUACCCGGGCGUCAUGAAGUGGGUCCUGUGCUCUUUGACAUUCCUGGCCCUGGCCCUGUCUGGGAUGCUCUGCUUACACUCAAGUUACAGAAGGCGUUUCUCUUCCGCCGCCAACUUCGCGGGACAGCCGAAGGAUAGCCCCAUCGUCUCCAUCACCUAAAAAGGCACUGCU